CCGACAAGUAGUUCAUUCUAACCUUUCUGUCAGUUCUCUUUUACUUUAUUUUUUAAAAUACUUCAAGAUGUCCCCGGAUUUUAUAUUUACUGUGGUUUAUUUUUUACUUAGCGUUUGCUUCAUUUAUCCGCCUACUGAGUUUUUAACAGCCGGGGUAACUAUAGAGCACAUUUUCAGCAGCGUAUUAGGGAACAAACACGAAGAUUUCAUUUUAUACCACAUAAAAAAAUCAUGUAUUUUCCUCGUAUUCUACUCCCUACUGCCAGUUGGGUACAUAUUUUUUUCGAAUCUAUUAGGCUAUGCGAAUCUUAUUAUCGAUAUGUAUUCUUCGUUUCCUUUGCUAUCAACAUGUUUCUACAUCUUCGCCAUAGUUCUUCCCACUGCGAGCAUUUACGAAAUAUUGAAUUGGACGAGAAACAACUUCGAACAACAUCCGAUAUCUCUAAAUGUUUCGAAAUUUGCCAACAACAACGAGGACUGGCGAUUCGUAGCCCGAAACAUAAACAUGGAGUUUCGAAGCGUUAACAAAAUAUGUCUCCAAACGAGCUCCAUUAUAACAGUGAUAGUCACGGAGAACUGGAUUUUGAAAAUAUCCCCACUUACUAUACAUAUUGCUCAUCAAAGCGAUACCUCCCUAGUUGUCAAAGAAGCUCACACAUAUCAACUGUCUCCUAACGAUGUGCCCUCCACACAAUACCUAAACAUAGAAGUGAAGUCGGCUAGGCAAGGAGUCGAGCCGUUUAUAAUAAGAAUCAACGCGGGUGAUUUCAAAGAUCUCAGCGAUCGAGUUACAAGGAACAUCACGAUACUCCCCAACGUAAAAUUCCACAAAAACGUUAUAGAGCAAUUCAUCGAUGUGUUUAAAGAAACUGUUAAAUGCAACCCCAGAUACGAAAACAACGAGGUUCUGGAUAAAUGCAUCGGAUGCAUGCAGGUGAAUCCUAACAUCAAGAUAAACAAAUCGUGCGAAGACGCGGCCGAUGAUCCGAAUAAAUGCAUGAAUUGCUAUUGCAGACCGAUGUGGUGCUGUGACUGUAUGGCCAAAUGGUUCGCGUCCAGGCAGGACAGCGAGCGCGAGAACACCUGGUUGAAUUCGAAAUGCACCUGCCCUAUGUGUCGAGCCACUUUUUGCAUGGUAGACGUUUGUUUAUUGUCCAAUGCAGAAGUCAAUUGAACAGGUAUCGAUGUUCGUUACAACCGAUAUUACCUUUCUGAGUUAUUGUGAUCAUUUCGACAACGUUUUUAGUUUGUAAAUAAUGAGACUAUUUCUAUUUUAUAUACGUACCUAAGUUGCAUAUUGUAAUUCACUAGCGACGUUGUUAAUUAUUUAAACUAGGAUUAACAUUAAAU